AUGUCAAUAGUGAAAACUAAAUAUGGUGACUUACAAGGCGUAGAUCUCGAAUCUGGAAACAGAGUUUAUCGAGGAAUACCAUUUGCAAAACCUCCCAUUGGUCCAUUGAGAUUCAAAAGACCAGUUCCACCAGAUAAUUGGGAAGGAGUUCGAGAUGCAACACAAUUUGCUAAAAUACCAUCUCAAAAAGAUUUUAAAGGCUUUUAUGAAAAGGAAUUCUUUCCAAAUGGAAAGCCAGAGAAUUCAGAAGAUUGUCUUUAUUUGAAUGUCUGGGCACCACCUGUUAAUCCAGAAAAAAAAUAUCCAGUAAUGUUUUGGAUACACGGUGGCUCUUAUGAAGCCGGAUUCUCGCACGGAAUUGAGUUUGAUGGAGAUAAUAUUGCCAAAAAAGAAUGCAUUUUAGUGACCACCGAAUAUCGUUUGAAUGUUUUUGGCUUCCUAGCACAUCCGAUUUUAGAAGCAGAUGGCCAAAAAAGCGGAAAUCAAGCGUUAUAUGAUCUGAUUCUUUCAUUACAAUGGGUUCAAGAUAACAUAGAAGCAUUUGGUGGCGAUAAAUCGAAUGUUACAGUCUUCGGACAGAGCGCAGGUGCGAUGCUUACUCAGAUUUUGUUAGUUUCUCCAAUGGCAGCCAAUUUAUUCCAUAAAGCGAUACUACAAAGUGGAGGAGGCUACAUGGUAGCUCCUUUCCUCCGCAAUACAUACAAAGAUAUCGUUAAAACUUCAGAAAAAUUCUUCAAAUUAAUGAAUAUCAAAACAUACGAUGAUCUUAUGAGCAAAACAAAAGAAGAAAUACGAAAGGUAUACCAAGAUUUCCCAUCUCUACGAUUAACUCCUUAUAUUGAUGGAGAAAUCUUUCCUGCCAAAUUAGAAGAUUGUUAUCAAAGCAAAAACUAUAAGAAUUGUCCAGUAAUUGCAGGAUCAAACGAAUCUGAGUUCGAUUAUCUUUCUUAUAAAUAUUUUUACCACUGUAAUUUAAACAUGGUCAAAAAACAGUCAGAAAAUGGUUUCACACCUGUUUACCUUUACUACAUGACUUUCCAUCCUCCAGGUGAUGACAAUCCAGGUUGUUUCCACAGUGCAGAGUUGUGGUACGUCUUCUCUACUUUUGAUAGAUGUUGGAGACCAUUCGGAGAGAAAGACAAAAAUUUAUCAGAAAUGAUUGUUACAUACUGGACAAAUUUCUCUAAAACAGGAAAUCCAAACUCAGAAGGACUUCCUCAAUGGACUCCAUACACAUUACAGAACAAGAAACACCUUAAAAUUGAUUUCGAAGGCACUCAAAUGGAAGAUGCUAAAUGGUUUUAA